GCCAUAUCUGAAAAUUUUCAUCAUCGUAGCUAAAUGGAUUGUUCUGCAAUCGUUAUUUCUAAUUUUUGUCGGCUAAAAUAAAAUUAAUUACAUAUUGAAGGCAGCCAAAAUACGCAGCAAUGAAGAAAAUCGCAGAACAGAAGCUGCAGGCUUUCACUGUUGGAACGAUGGGAAAGCGGCAGCUAAGCCGGAAGGAAUUGGAGGAGCAGAAAAAGCGCGAGGACGAAGCUGCAGCCGCACACGCGUUCAAAGAGUUUGUUGAAACCUUCCAAGAAGCUCCCUCCAAGAUUGGAAAGGUUUGGGUGAAAGCCGGAACGUACGAUGCUGGUUCGAGAAAGGAAGAUGUCCGGGACAAGGGCAAACUGUACAAGCCCUCGGCGAAGAUGGAAGUUGAGCAGGAGAAGGCUAACGAUUACAUCAAGAUGAUGACCGCCGAAAGCAGGAAGGAUCUGGCGUCGAACAAGAAGAAAGCCCAGGAGAAGAAAAAGAGCAAUCUGGAGCUGUUCAAAGAGGAACUGCGGCAGAUUCAGGAGGAGCGUGAGGAGAGACACAAGUACAAACACAUCGCCAAAUCGAUGAUGCCGUCGUCGCUCGAUCCGGACCCGGUGUACAAGGAGUCGGAAUCGGGUUCGUUUGACAAUGGGGAUCCCAACACUACCAAUCUUUAUCUGGGAAAUUUGAAUCCGAAGAUAUCUGAGCAAGAGUUGAUGGAACUGUUUGGUAAGUAUGGACCAUUGGCUAGUAUCAAGAUUAUGUGGCCGCGUUCCGAGGAAGAACGUGCUCGGGGGAGGAACUGUGGCUUUGUGGCGUACAUGAGCCGUCGCGAUGCCGAGAGGGCGCUCAGGGCAUUGAAUGGCAAAGAAGUAAUGAACUACCUGAUGAAGCUGGGCUGGGGCAAAUCGGUUCCUAUAAUGACCCACCCAAUCUACAUCCCACCAGCGUUGGUGGCCUACACUUUGCCUCCGCCUCCGUCGGGUCUUCCAUUCAAUGCACAGCCAAAUCCGGCCGAUAUGGAUAACAUUCCCAAGAUGACCUCCAAGAUGUACAUGGAAGAACCCGAGAUGAAGCAAAAGAUGGACGACGUGCUGUACAAAGCGGUGGUUAAGGUAGUUCUUCCGACGGAGCGACAUCUGCUGAUGUUGAUCCAUCGGAUGGUAGAAUUCGUGAUCCGCGAGGGUCCCAUGUUCGAGGCCCUGAUUAUGACCCGCGAAAUCGAUAAUCCAAUGUACAAAUUCCUGUUCGAGAACGAAAGUCCGGCCCACAUUUACUACCGGUGGAAGCUGUUUUCCCUGCUCCAAGGGGACACGGCUUCGGACUGGCGAACCAAAGAGUUCCGGAUGUUCAAGGGUGGCUCGAUUUGGAAACCGCCGCCGAUCAACUUCUACACCCAAGGAAUGCCGGACGAACUGCUGGCGGACGAUGAAGAUCUCGAGGCGAACAAGGGCAACCUUUCGGUGGCCCAACGCGAUCGACUGGAAGAUCUCAUCCGGCAUUUGAGCCCCGAGCGGUCGCGGAUUGCCGAUGCGAUGAUUUUCUGCAUUGAGCAUGCGGACGCGGCCGAGGAAAUAUGCGAAUGCAUCACCGAAUCGUUGGCCAACAACGAAACGCUCGUCAAGAAGAAAAUUGCCCGCAUCUACCUGAUAUCGGACAUUCUGCACAACUGCAGCGUCAAAGUGCAGAAUGCGAGUUUCUUCCGCAAAGCAUUGGAGAAAAAUUUGAUGGACAUUUUUAAGAACUUGAACAGCUACCACAUGCAGCUAGAUAGUCGUCUCAAAGCAGAAGGGUUCAAAACCCGCGUGAUGAACGUUUUCAAGGCUUGGGAGGAAUGGGCCGUUUAUCCGAAGGAGUUCCUCACCAAACUUCAACAUACGUUCCUGGGAAUUACAAUUAUCGAAAAGCAGGAGGAAGAACCGGAAGAGGAAAUUGAGGACGAAGAUUUGGAUGGCGUUCCGCUGGACGGUGCCGCUCUAUUGAAAUCGGCCAUGCUAAAAGGAAUGACCGAACCUGAUACCCGAACUCCCAUUCUUAAGCAGGGAAUCUACAGCGACGAGGAGGACAUCGACGGUAUGCCCAUGGAUGAGGACAUUGACGGCAUUCCCAUGGAAGGCAAUCAAUCCGCCUCGGCUGCUGAUAUGGAUUCGGAUGGAGGGCUGGCCAAAGGCAAAGGAGGAUUCAUUCCUUCCAAGUGGGAAACGGUUGACGCAUCACAGAUCGAAGCUCAGGCCAUCACAACCAGCAAGUGGGAUACUCUCGACCCGGUGGCUCCGGAACCGCCGCAAAUUUCUACAGGGGAUAACUCAGACGACGAGCAGGGAGCUAUGAAGGGUGACGACGAAGCACGACGUUUACGCCUUCGGGAGAUUGAAGUCAAAAUUGUCCAGUACCAGGAUGAAUUCGAGUCCGGUGCUCGGCAAGUUCGGGUCGGAUGGACAGUCGCCGAAGAAAUUUCACACUACAGGCGAAAAUUGAUCAAGAAAGCUGAGAAAGAACUUCGUCAGCAGCAGCUACAGCAACAUCAACAGUCCCAACAGCAAAGCCUGGACGACACCGAUGAAGACACGGAUGAUUACGAGCGGGUCGCCAACUCGAAAAAGAUAUCCAAGCGAAGUGCCAGUCCAGAAGUGUCUCGAAAGCAUAAGAAGACUCGUCGAUCGUCGUCCACGGAAUACGUCCGAGAAGCUCCAUCCAAAUCCUCAAGGCGGUCCCGGUCGCCCAUCUAUACAACCAGUAGUCGCAGCAAACGAGAAGCCUCACCUUCGCCAGUGCGAAGCAGCAAAGUGGCAUCGAGCAGACAUCGUCUGUCCAGAAGCAGCUCAAGGUCUCCUUCCCGCAGACAUCACUCUGAGCGUUCCCUGUCUCCAGCGACCCGUAGCAAGUAUGACCUGCUGGAAUCACCUGCCCGGGUUUCCAGCUCGUCGACCAAGUACGACAAAUACGAGAGCGCCAGCAAGUACGAUAAGUACGAGUCCGCCUCGUCUGCCUCCAAGUACGAUGCUCGUCUCUAUGACGAUCGAACGAGCAGCAAAUACGAUAAGUACGAAAAAUAUGAGAGCUCAUCUUCAAGCAAGCAUGAGAGGGAACGUGAGCGUGAACGAGAUCGAGAACGAGAGCGAGAGCGGGAGCGAGAACGCGAAAAGGAAAAAGAGAGGGAACGAGAUUUGCGCGAACGCGAACGGGAACUGCGUGAGCGAGAGCGGGAACGCGAACUUCGAGACCGAGAUAGGGAACGUGACCAUCUGCGGGAUCGGGAUCGGGAUCGGAUGUAUGCCGGCAGCAGCAGUGGCAGUAGCAAGUACGAUAUCGUAAGUUCAAAGUACGAGGACGACGGCCGAAGGUAUCGCUCUCCUUCCCCAAGUCGGACUACCGCCCGGGAUAGUUAUUCCCGGUAUGCUAGCAGUGGAAGCAGCAGCGCCAGAUCAGAGAAGCACAAGAAACAUAAGUACUAACUCAUUGUUAGCCAGCAAGAAGUAAGUUUGUAUGUUAUAAUACUUGAUUUUGUGAGACUAUGUUAGUGUAUGCAUAGAUUUAAAUUUGGUUGUCCUGAUAUCGUGCAACAACACUCAACGAUACAUUUGGAUUCCAAUAUGUUUGUCUCUAAAAGAACUAGUUGCUUGUUGCAACUUGUAGUCCAGAUUACGCAAAUUUUGAGCAUUUUAAACUAAAAUUGAACCACUUUUAAGAUAGAUUCCACGAAGCUCACUAUUUGCAUGCUUUCAAUGUACGCAGCUCUGGAGAGGUACAUUAUGAUUUGCAGAGAUGAAAUAAAGUGAAUUCUAAUAUAUGUUUGCAAAUAAGA